AUGGCGAUACCCUCCAAAGGCCCAGCCCAACAUGCUCGUGAGAUAUUGCCAAAUCGCCAGCCAAAAAGUGAUGGUCCAGCGAUCGACAAUAGUGAUGUGGCACGACAACAGGAAUAUAUUGUGUCCCAAGAGGAACGCCAGAAUUUGUCACGGGGAUUGUCACAACGACAUGUUCAGAUGAUCGCUAUCGCGGGAGCCAUUGGAACGGGACUUUUCCUAGGUCUCGGCGGCGCAAUCGCGACAGGCGGACCGCUUGGUGCCCUACUCGGCUACAUCUUCGUCGGGCUAAUCGUAUGCUGCAUUCAAUAUGCCUUGGGCGAGGUGUCCGCGUUGAUGCCAGUGACCGGUUCAUUUGUUCGACACGCGGAACUACUGGUCGACCCUGCGUUGGCUUUUGCGAUCGGCUGGAACGUCGUGUAUGGCUCCUUCUUGGCCGUGCCGAGUGAGAUUUCCGCCGCUGUAGUGCUGAUCCAGUACUGGACCGACAUCAAUGCUGCAGUGUGGGUGACUAUAUUAAUCAUUGUGUCCGCCACCGUCGCCAUUACGCUUGUGCGCGUGUAUGGUGAAAUCGAGUUCUUCUUUGCCCUGUUGAAGCUCCUGUUGGUGGUCUUCGUCGUUAUUCUCGGUCUGGUAAUCGAUCUUGGCGGAAUACCUGGCAAGCCACGACUAGGUUUUCAUUAUUGGAAGGAAGGUCUCUUCGUGGAGUACAUCGCCACUGGCGCAUGGGGUCGCUUUCUCGGUUUCUGGGCCGUCAUGACAAACGCCGUCUAUAGCUUCUCGGGUGUCGAAUCCUUGGCGAUGGCCGCAGCGGAGACGAAAAACCCACGCCAUAACAUCCCCAAGGCCUGUAGAAGGGUGUUUGUACGUGUCACUGUGUUCUAUCUGGCUGCAGUGUUAGUCGUGGGCAUGCUGGUCUCAAGUUCCGAUCCAAGACUCCAAGACGACUCUGGCACCGCCGCCCAAAGUCCCUUCGUGAUUGCUGCAAGCGACGCCGGCAUCAAAGCGAUACCCUCAGUUGUCAACGCGAUCUGUAUUACAUCAGCAUGGUCAGCGUCGAAUCAAAGCAUGUUAGCCGGCACGCGUACACUCUAUGGCCUUGCUGUCAAGGGACAUGCGCCCAAGAUCUUCCUGAAAACAUCCAGCUGGGGUGUACCAUACAUGUGCGUCGCUGCCCAGACGGCCGUCUCUUUCCUGGCCUAUAUGUGUGUCUCGAAUAGUGCCUUGACCGUCUUCUAUUGGCUUCUCGAUUUGACAGCCGCCGGUGUGCUGGUGUCGUGGAUUGCGAUCGCUUUCAAUCAUAUUCGCUUGUUACAAGCACUGAAGGCACAGGGUAUUCCGACAACGGAGUUACCCUGGCAUAAUCCCAUAACUUACUUUUCCUCCUGGUUCGCCUUUCUCGCCUGCAUCCUUAUCCUAUUUACUGGUGGAUUUGCCGUCUUUACCGCCGGGAAUUGGGACCCUGCCUCGUUUGUCUCGUCCUAUUUGGAUAUCCCACUCGUGCUACUUGCAUAUGGACUGUACAAAUAUAUCCGCGGGACGAAAAUCAUUCCGUUGACGGAAGUGCCGGUCCAUCAAGCGCUGGAGGAAGCACGGAACGAUCCCGAGAAUGUACCCAUUAAGCCAGCUAAAGGGUGGAAGAGGCUUAAUGUUUUGUGGGCAUGA